GGAAGAAGACGGAGCUUGCUGACAAUGUUGACAAUUGAGGAACUGGUCAGCUGUAUGAGGUGCCUGGUCUGCUGAUAGGAAGCGCUGGACGAGGAGAGGUCCGCACACAGGUCAGUGUCCUGUAGACUGGACAGGUUGCCAUAGUGACAUUGGUUAUUGCUCAGGAGAAGCCGUACAGCCAUGGACAUACCGCUGAAUCCAAAGUCUGCAGCACAUCUUCUACUUUACAUCUUCCUAUCCAGGUUAUUAGCGUUCUGCGGUGCUGAGAAUCCACCAUCGCUGGUCUGGUUCGAUGCUGAGAACCUUGUCUCCAUCCCAGACGUUGUUACCAUAGAAAAUGGAAGCUUGAAAACCUUAAGCCUUACUGCAAAUGCCCCCCUGAAUGAAACUGCUCGUUUCACUUUCAACAUUACAUACGUUUCAAAGAACCAAACUAUCGUCCGUCUUCCAUCAGAAAUUAUCUUGGCAGCAAAUUCGGAUCAUUCUGCUUUUAAUGUGACCGCAGAAGACGUGGGACAGGUCACAGCGUAUCUGCACAGCAAUAAUUCUCACCACAACAGUCCAAGAAUCCGGUUCCUGGUGAUCCACAGUCUAGCAUUGCAAGUGAUAGAGCAGAUUAUUGGCUGGAUAUAUUUCUUCGCCUGGUCUGUGUCCUUCUACCCCCAAGUUUUUGUGAACUGGAGAAGAAAAAGUGUUGUGGGUCUGAGCUUUGACUUUCUGGCGUUAAAUCUGACCGGCUUUAUCGCAUAUAGCGUUUUCAACGUCGGCCUCUUCUGGAUCCCGUUUGUUAGGGAACAAUUUCUCCAGGUCUACCCCAAUGGAGUGAUCCCAGUAGAUGCCAACGAUGUGUUUUUCAGCUUACAUGCCGUGCUCCUGACGCUUGUUACGAUAUUUCAGUGCUGUAUUUACGAGCGAGGUGCCCAGAAGGUCUCUAAAGUGUCGUUUGGCGUUCUGAUCGUCGCCUGGCUGUUUGCUUUCUCCAUGCUUUUCGUGGUCGUGGCUGGAAAAGUGAGCUUGCUCCAGUUCUUAUUCUGCUUCUCCUACAUAAAACUGGCAAUUACACUGAUGAAAUACUUUCCGCAGGCGUACAUGAAUUUUCGUCGGAAAAGCACAGAGGGCUGGAGCAUAGGAAAUGUGCUGCUCGAUUUUACAGGCGGCAGCUUCAGUAUCAUCCAGAUGUUUCUACAGUCUUACAAUAAUGAUGAGUGGAAGUUAAUAUUUGGUGACCCCACAAAGUUUGGUUUGGGCCUGUUCUCCAUUAUGUUUGACAUCGUAUUUAUAAUUCAGCACUACUGCUUGUAUAGGACGCCGCAUGGAUACCAGAAUGUUUAAUGAAGAGAUGACAAACUUGCACUUUCCGUUUGUGGAAGGGAUUUAGGAUUCUUGACCUUUGUGCCUUAACUUAUAUAAGACAAGCAAGAAGCUUGAAUUCCACACCAGCCUCUGCAUCAGAUGACCUAUAACAUCCCAUAAGUGAUUGAGGCCUACGGGUCUGGCCACAUGGCAUGGAGCGAUCGCGGUGCAGCCCUGCAAGCUGCGCCGGUAUUCAAGUUACUCUAUACAGCCACCUUUUUUUUCCAUGUGCACUGUUAAUGGCUGCGCCAUAUGGCCAUUCCCUUAGGCCGGUUUUACCCAGCAACACCCUGGCCUCGUAUGAUUCUACUUAGAUCAUACUAGAUCCCUGUAAUAAAAAAUCUAGAUCUAAGCUCUGGUCGGUAUAACCUUGUGGGCAAAUUCCAAUGUGUGCAACCAGUCUAAGCAUACGAGUCACCGUUUUUUAUGAUGUUCUUGCCAUGUUUUUUGGUGUAAAAAAACAAAAACAAAAAACAACUCCAUAUGUUAGAUGAAAAAAUUAGGCGAGAAUUAUAAAAGCAGGACACAUGCAGUUUUUUUUGUGUCCAAGAUUUUUCUUUUUGUAAUUGCAGCAUGUUAUAGCAAUGGCAUUUUCUGGCGUUUUUUGCACACAAUGGAGGAAAAUAUUUGAAGUCCGUUUUGUUUGAGUCUGUUGUUUUAUCAAAUGUCCCGCAUUGGGGGAGAUUUAUCAAAACUGGUGUUCCCACACUCCCUGCGCUGGCUUGAGAUGUGCCUAUUUAUUAAGAGGCUUAAGUCUAUAACUUACACCAGUCUAUAACUUCAGCUAUAAGGCCCCUUUCACA